CAGUUACGUCAUGACUUAUUUGGAACAGACGUUUAGUUAAACUGAAGUCAGCCAACAAGCAGAACUUGAACUGUUAUCACAAUUGUGUGUAUAAAAAGUUAUUUUAAGGUAAAAUUGUAUUUAAAAGUCAUAUGGAACUCGAUCACCGGUGCUUGCACGAGUUUCUUGGCUGGUUAUCUCUCUGAUGGCCUGAGACACGUUUGGUUCUGCUUCCCCGUAGUCGACAUCCACCCGCGGUAUUCCAUCUUACCGUGUUAAGCGAAGGAGGCUGAGAGGGAGCCGCAGGUACAGAUCCCAUUCCCAGCUUCUGAAGUGAAGAGGCUGUGAAAAUAAGUAACGACCUGCAGCUGGUGGCUCGUUCCAAGACGGGAAGGAGCUGGCAGUGAUGAACUGGGUGAACUGAAGGGAGUUUGCACAGAGGAAGUGAGGAGGCAGUCACAGCCGUUGGGCUGGUGGUGUGAAGCCACAUCCGUGGCUUGCUCAGAGCGAGACUGAGAGAGAGAGAGAGAGAGAGAGAGGGAAAGAGAGAACGAGGCAAACACACUGCUUUUAAGUCAGUCUCCCUCUCCAUCUUGCGGACCGUGUCAAAUCCAGCUGAGAUCUGGAACGAAGGAAGCUCAGAGAAAGAUGUCCUACAGCCCGUGGUCAGUGCUGUCGCCGAUUCAAUGGGCAAAGUGGACCUGGUCAGCUGUCAGAGGCACAGACGCUGAGGAGGAGCACGACGAGAGCCAGGAGACGGGCUUGAAGGAUGACGAGCAACAUUCCCAGGAUGACAGGUCUAUGGGCCACAGCUCUGACUCCGAGGGAAACUUUGAGACCCCCGAGGCUGAAACUCCCGUCCAUGGGCACCUGAAGGAGCUGUUGGAGCAGGAGAACGUCACUGCAGUCUGCUCAGGAAGAUCAGUUAUCACUGGGAUGGCAUCCCCUGAGAGUCAUCUCUCAAAUCUGCGGGGAGAUGAUAAACGGCUCUUCUCCAGCCUGGACAACUCAUUUCUGGACAAGAACUCCAACCAGAACGAGCUUCCCCUGGCCUCCCAGGCUGUCCACGUUGGCCAGGGCACCCCUGUGCUGACAGAGGUUGUGGAUGCUUUAAACAACCUUCAGCUCUCAAAGUGCUCUGUAGAUUCCAGUAUAAUCCAGGGCCAGAACCUCAACCUGCAGACUCGUGGUAUUCUCCUGGGUGACAGUCUCGACAACAGGCAUACAGAUGACCUCCAAGUAGAUGCUCAUGACACAUCACCAAAACAAAGGCCUGCAUCUCUUACGAUGAAGGUCUCCCUGAAUGGGCCAGACCCUAACGAAGUGGAUGAUGAUGUACCUAUUUCCAAAGCCUUUGACCUGAAUCAGAUCAAUGGUAACGCCGAUCCUCUGGUAAAACCCACCACCGGAGAUCAUAUGCAGGAACUUGGCCCGGAAGACGAUGCAAACCCCAAGGAGGUCAGCAAGCCAUCCAGCAGGAGUCUGGGAAAGAUGCCCGGCAGUCGUCUCGGCCCCAAGAAACUGACGGGCAAAUCUGCAGAGCUGGAGCCAGGACCAGUUAGCAUUCAAGGCUCAGAUGGGAUUACCUGUCCUAAAGCCUCAUACAACUUUGAUGCUGGCCAGUUGGACGACCCCAACUUCAACCCAUUUACAAGCAAUGCCAAGAUGUGCGACUCUCCGUCUCUCCUCAAGGGAUCUUACACUUUUGAUCCAGACUGUGUAGACCCUAGAUCUAGGAGAUUGGAUGGGGAGGACUUGCUGAGGAGCGCCCCUUCAGCUGAGAAAGUGGCAGAUGACCCAGUGUGCCAGAAGCUGAAUUUCCUUGUUGAUGAGGAGGGGUUGGCAGGGCAUCCACAGGGCAAAGCCAGGGAAGUCAUGAAUGCCAACAAAGGAAAGAAUGAACAGCAGCCCCUUGUGGACAUUUGCAGUCAGGAGAAGGGGCCAGAGGUGGGCAACCGCAGGGUCCAUGCCACAGACGAGGAGAAGCUGGCCUCCUCUGUGUCCAGCCAGAACCCGGGAAAAACCGAGAAUGGCUGCUGUGAGGAAGAGGAGCCCUGCAAGAAGCGGCUGGCUGGGAAAGGGAUGGAAGUAACAACAGGAGGUCCAGAUGGUGCAGACAUGUACAAUGGGCUUGAUGACUCCUGCAAAACCAAAAGUGCCAAGCUGGCUGGAAGUGAGAGUCAAGACAAAGGAACUCCAGUUCUGGAUAAAAUCUGUCUCAGUGAGGCUGACAAAGAAGCUGUCCUCACUCUGAUUAGGGAGGAGAUUAUUACGAAAGAAAUAGAGGCCAAUGAAUGGAAGAGAAAACAUGAAGAGAGCAGACAAGAGGUCCUAGAAAUGAGAAAAAUCGUUGCAGAAUAUGAGAAGACGGUUGCGCAGAUGAUCGAGGACAAGCAGCAAGCCGCAGUGAGCUCCCAGAGCACCAUCCAGCAGCUGACUCUGGAGAAGGAGCAGGCCCUGGCUGACCUCAACUCUGUAGAGCGCUCCCUCUCUGACCUCUUCCGGAGGUACGAGAAUAUGAAGUCUGUCCUUGAGGGCUUCAAAAAGAAUGAAGAGGUGCUUAAGAAAUGUGCACAGGAGUAUCUUACCCGGGUCAAACAGGAAGAGCAACGCUAUCAGACCCUCAAAAUCCAUGCUGAGGAAAAGCUAGACAAGGCCAAUGAGGAGAUCGCCCAGGUGCGUUCGAAGGCCAGCUCGGAGAGCAUGGCUCUUCACGCCAGCCUACGCAAGGAGCAGAUGAAGGUGGAGUCCUUGGAGAGAGCACUCCAUCAGAAGAAUCAGGAAAUUGAGGAACUCACCAAGAUCUGCGACGAGCUCAUUGCCAAGAUGGGGAGACCGGAGUGAAGGGGCGUCCCUGACAGCACGUUGUCCCUCCAGCCUGCCUGUGGCUCCAGGGUCCAGCUUAUCUCAGCUUAACACGCUCAUGUUGCCAGAUAACUGUGUCAAGGCCUCGCUUUCCCACAAAUAAGGAGAUGGUCAUUUUAUAUGCCUAAUAACAAUUGUUCUCCUUGUUUGUAAAAUAAGCGGAGCAGUAAUAAGGUCCAGUAGCCUAUGUCAAUUUGAACAGAAAUGCAAGAUCUGCAGAAAUAAUUUAACGAAGAGCAGAUGGACAGACCCUCUAAUUAAAGCUAUUGUGCAGAUGUGGCAUGUAUUUUGUAGUUUUCGAAUUAGUUGUCUGUUUUUGUUCUGCACGUCAUUCAGCCUUUGAAAUCCCUGCUUUUUUUGGAUGGCUUAAUGGCCUAAUUACUGGUCUGGAAUUCCGGGAGGGACAUGGGAGAUGGUUGCUUUUUGGAUGUGAUGGACAGUGAGCAGAGGAGAUCCUGGCUUUGUAUCUAUUACUGUGUAGUGGGCAAAAGCUCUAACUGAAUCACUGCUAAUUCAAGCUAUAUGUGUGUAUAUAACAGGACGGAAAUCUAUAUUGCUUGCCUUUUGCGAAGCUUAUUUUUUGAGGCACUGAAAUGUAAAUAAAUUUAUAUUUAAAAUGGCAAAUGUUUGCUCUGCACCUGGAUGAGCCAUAUACCUGCAUCUGGCGGUUUCACAAAGCAGCCUGACAAACUGAAGCUGCGUGUGUAAAUACUUCUGCUCAGUCUUGGUUACAGUCCGGUAUCUUAACCGCUUAAUAUUCAGUCAGGGCAGCACUUCCUGUGCACCAUGUGUUUGGUAUUUAUUAUUAUUUCUAGCUGUGUGUACCUGCCCAGUUAAUCUCAAAGCUGUGGCACUGGAUGCUGUUCAGUGGUGCAGAGUAACUGUCUUUAAUCAAUUUAAUGACUUUGCUCCCCAAAUUCCCUGUCAUAACUAAACAUUUCUUUGUUUUUUCCUCCCUUGUAUCUUGACACUAAAAAUCCAUGUAUGUUUACAUGCUAAAUACCGUAAUCUGGGAGAGGUUUUCUACAGCCAUAUUCCGUUUUUUGUUUCCAUCUUGAAUCCUUUCAAAAGCACAUGCAUGUUAAAUUUUACUUUAAUAGAUCCAUUUGAGUUUGCUUGUGAGAGUGAGAGAGAGAGCGAGCAUUGUGGUCUAUGUCUUGUGUCCCCAAGUAGGUCAUAAGCACCAUACAAAGGUAAUAGUUCACAUUGCUUGCUCACAUCCACCCCCCUUCCUGCAUCAUCACAGCCAUCAUUGUCAUUUAUUUGUUGCUGCCUGUCUGUCUUUUUUUGUGUUUUUUUUUUUUUUCCAUAACGAGUUUGUUGAAUGUUCCUCCAUUGUUUUGUGUGCAGUUAAUCUAGACCAUUUAACAAUAAUACUUGUAAGCUGGGAGAAAAGAACUUGCACAGAUGUAAUAAAUAUUUUCCAUAAUGACCUGAA